UCACGGAGUUGCCUGAAAGGACUAGAAUCAGGACCCAGGAAAAGCAGGUCCAGGGAAUAUCCAGGGGCCCUUCUCCCACAGGUGGAGAAAAAUGAACGGAGACCUGCAGGAAAAGAAGCCGUAAGUGUCUUUAAAAUGGCUGCGCAAACCAGCCAGGACACCUGUGCUCAGGAUGACCCAUUUCUGGAGAAUUCCUGCACCGAGGACAACAAGAGCAGAACUCCCAAGCGGCCACUAAGCCAGGACCCUGGCGGACGUGGCCCCAGCCCAGACAAUGGCCUGCUAGUUACCCACAUUAACCAGACACAGGACUUACUGAAGCUGCAGGGGAGCGAGGCCCCACCCUCGGCGUGGGGGGACGGCGAGGACUGGCUUUCCACUCACGGUUUAAAGUUUAGGAAACUCACCGUGGCCGACCUCCUCAAGCAGGGCCUGGCUCUGCGGGAGGAUGACGGGUGUGGUGGCAUGAAGAAAAUACACUUCUCCACCCGGAUUCUCUACCAGUUCGAGUCAAAGCUCAAUGAAGCGAUGCAUCUCUACCAGCAGAGGGUUCAGUGGCUCUCGGAGCACAGCAAGAAGGUGUUUGGCCUCAUUCCCGGGGAGAGAGUGGGCAUCCUCAUCCACACGGCGGUGCUCCGCGCCGGCCCUCGGAGGGAGGAGUUCCUCGAAGACCUGGAGAGCCUCAUCCAGGAGCAGCUGAGGCAGAAGGAGACGCUGUACAUCCUGGCGUUUGGUUCCACCAGCAGCGGCCUCUGGCCAGACCCUGUGGAAGUCAGCGCCUCCACGCUCCAGGAACUGAAGCUCUGGGUGCAGACCCUGCAGCCCGAGCGGGGGGGCAACCUCCUGCAGGCCCUGCGGAAGACCCUCGCCCUGAGGGGACUGGAUUCCCUGGUGACCAUCAUGGGGAGCUGCCCGGACCAGUCUUCGGAAAUCCUGUCUGAUUACGUCCAGCAGUUGGUGCUGGGCCGGCGCGUCUUCAUCCAUGUUGUCACCUACAAAUGCGACGAUCAGGUGCCCCCCGCCGUGCUGAAGAACCUCGCCGAGGGCCUCCGGGCCCGCUAUCACUGCUACAGCCCUGAGCAGCUCAGCACCAACCAGGAUGUGGAGUCGCUGCAGAAGGAAAUCCAGGCGGCCCAGGGCCUGCUGGAACACAUCCAGGCCCUGUACCACAGCAGCCCGGGGGAGGAGCUCACCAACAUGAUGAACGAGAUUGCAAAUGGACCAUUGACAAAUUCCUUGCCUAAGCCCCCAAGACACGAGGACCCCCUCACCAUUGAGUUCCCAAACUUGGAUAAGAAUUCUACAGAAUGGCUAAAGACAUACGGCCUCAAAGCCAAGAAGUUAAGCCUUUACCAGGUGCUGGCCCCCAAUGCGUUCUCCCCCGUGGAGGAGUUUGUGCCUAUUCUCAAGAAAACGGUGUCAUCGACUGUCCAUGAGAAGGCAAUGGUCCAAUUUGAGUGGCACGAUGGGACAAUGAAGAACCUUCAUGUGGAUGUGCCCUUCCUCUAUGAGUACCAGAAACAGCUCAACAGAAUUGUGCGGCUGUACGAGCGGCGGAUCGAGUGGCUGUCCCUGGCCAGCAGAAGAAUCUGGGGCACCGUCUGCGAGAGAAGGGUGGUUAUACUGCUCGAUAUCUCCGAGACCAAUUCCAUAUACAUUAUUCACAUCCAGCACUCGCUGCGGCUCCUGCUGGAGGAGCAGCUGUCCAACAAAGACUGCUUCAACGUCAUCGCGUUCGGAAGCAGAGUGGAGAGCUGGAGGCCAGAGAUGGUUCCCGUGAACCACAAAAACCUACAAAGCGCCUGGCGGUGGGCCCUGGGCCUGCACUGUGAGGGCAGCAGGAACGUCCUCGGUGCCCUGCGGAAGGCUCUGGAAGUGGACUUCAAGGACAAAGGCAGAUACGAGUCCCAGGGCAUCUACCUCUUCACGGGGGGCAUCCCCGACCAGGACAUGACCUUGCUCAGCGCCUACAUGGCCCAGACCUGUGGCGGCUGCGACCUACAGCUGAACGUGAGCCUCUUCUAUGUGGGGGAGCCUCAGCUGGACACCAGCCCCCCGGCCUGCUACGCCAGUCGCCAGGACACGGCGGCCGCCUACCGCGAGGCCACCCAGGCCGUGGGUGGUCGCUUCCACUGGUUUGGAGACACCGGCAUUUUUGAAAGCGACGACAUCGACAUCAUCACGGCCGAGAUGGAAAAGGCUCUCAACUACUCCCAAAAGUGCGCCUUGCUUGUCUCCUCUCUGAAGAGCCAGUCCGGGAAAGCAGCCGAGAAGGCAGCGUCGCACAAGGAGAAGCCCAAGAUGCUCAAGCACAAGGGCCAGCCCAGGAAGGCCGGUGCCGCCAAGGCCACAGUCCCCUCGGGGGGCAGAACGAACAUUCAAGACAACCCUGACAGAGGGAGAAGCCUCCCCUGGAAAACCUUCAUAUGGCCCCCACACGGCAAAGCAGGUGCCCCUCCAGCGGCUAUCCGGGCGGGGCCUGAAGGGGCUGUGGAGCAGAGGAAGAACAAAUCGAGGGAAGCAGAGACCUCACUCUUGCUGUUUUACACGGAGCUGGGAAACAGCGUGGGCGCGGUAUAUAAGAAGUACCCUCUGGGAAGGAGCAUCAGAAGAUCGAGGUCCACUUCUUCCAUCGACUUACCCAAAAGAGACACAGCCUGCUCGAGCCGAGAGUGGCUGGCAAAUUAUGGGCUCAAGAAACUGAAGAUGGAAAUCUCCAAACACAUCGGUCCCAACUGCACCCAUCAAAAUACCGCGCAAAGUUCAACAUCGACCAAACACUGCAGUAUCCUGCCCAGCAUAAAAAUCAACGGCAUCGUGAAGCACAGCCGCUGCACGCUCAGGGAGCUGGAGGCGUACAUCUCCGGUCUGGAGAAGCUGACCAGGCGCUACGUCCAGCGGCUACAGUGGCUGCUGUCCGGGAGCCGCCGGCUGUUCGGCGCCGUCCUGGAGAGCAGAGUGUGCGUCCUGCUGGACACGUCGGGCUCCAUGGGCGCCCACCUGCAGCAGGUGAAGACAGAGCUCGUCCUGCUCAUCUGGGAGCAGCUGCGCACGCACUGUGACAGUUUUAAUCUGCUCAGCUUCGCGGACGGCGUCCAGCUGUGGCAGGAGACGCUGGUGAAGACCACGGAAGCAGCCUGCCGUGAGGCCAUGCAGUGGGUGACCCAGCUGAGUGCUCAGGGGAGCACCUCCAUCCUGGAAGCUUUACUGAAAGCGUUCAGCCUCCCGGACGUGCAGGCCUUGUACCUCCUGACCGACGGGAAGCCGGACACCAGCUGCAGCCUGGUCCUCAGGACAGUCCAAAGACUCAGGGAGGAAAGGGACAUCAAAGUCCACACCAUCUCCCUCAGCUGCUCCGCCAGGGAAGAGGUGCAGUUCCUGAGAAGCCUAGCCGCCCUCACCGGGGGGCGCUAUCACUGCCCUGUGAAUGAGAAGUCGCUCCACAAAAUCCACGGCCUGCUCACCAGGGGCUUCGUCGAGGAAGGGGAUCCCAUGCUGCCACAGUUUGAAGGGGAUGAUUUAAGGAGUCUAGCCCAGGAGAUCACCAAGGCCAGACACUUCCUCCGACAGGCCCAGUCGCUCAGGUCUCAACUCCAGAAGAAAACCCUGGAAGAACCAAAGGCCCCUUUGGCUCAGAGAAGUGAUCUUGGGGAAGCAGAGGACAUGGAGGCCCCAUCUUCUGAGUUACCCACAAAGGCUCGGGCAGCACGCGGUGUAUGAUGAACGGUUAAGGGGAAGGACCAAAGCCAAAGAAUCAGAGCCAGAGUACAAAUAGUACAGCAGGGAAGGCAUUUGCCUUGCAUGCAGCCGACCUGGGUUCGAUCCCCGGCAUCCCAUAGGGUCCCCCAAGCACCACCAGGAGUAAUUCCUGAGUGCAGAGCCGGGAGUAAUUCCUUCGCAUCGCUGGGUGUGACCCAAGCAAAAAAAAAAAAAAAAUCAUCAUUUCUCUAAGCCAAAGCGUUGCUAUCAGGAGCAGUUUGGCCCUGAGCAGCAGAGGCCGUGGAAAUCUUCAACCCAUAGAUAAGCCCCAGGACGCAUGGUCCCAGGCACUGGUGCUCCCUGGAGGUCGAAGGAGAAAGAGCUCUUCAUCCUCGAGCCUCCCCUCACAACUCUGGCCUGACCCCCAACCAGGCACCAGUCUUGAACACGCUUCCCUCUGCCGGGCCACCCCUGCGCAUGUGUCAGACACAGCUCAUGCAGCAGCACCUGGGUGAGGAUGGGGCUGGAGCCACCAGCCUUGGACCUGUGUCCCUCCCACACAGCACCCCGGCCAGGUUGGCACUAGACACUCCCACCGGCCCUGGUCAGACUCUACUUUCUCCUUGAAUGUGAACUCCAGGAGGGGGUGGUGGGUCCCUAGCACCUACCACUUGGCAUCCACCUGGGUGAAUGUUCAACCUCGAGUUGGGGACGGGGGUGGAGGGGGGGGAGAAAGUUCUCAGAGCAGCCAGCAACACUGGUCCCUGCAUGAUGCUUCUGCUCACCGCUCAGAGCCAAGAGUCGCCCCCUGUCUGCGCCUACUUGACAGAAGAAGCCACCACUGAGCCUGACCACACCCUCCCCCCCUGCACCACCCAGACCCCCCAGGGCUGCUCCCGAGCUCAGUCCUGGGGGAGGCCCAGCUCCCGAGGAAGAAAAGCAGGCUGGGAACUGGGCCUGCCCCUGGCGCAUGGGCACAU